AUGUUCUACCGCCGCUGCAGAACAAGUCUCCUCCAUCGUCUCCCCUUCCAACAACCAAACCCUGAGUCUAUCCAAACAUCACGAUGCACAGUUUUCUUUCCUUAUAAAAACCAGACUCUCCGAGCAUACAGCACACCGACCACCGAUGUUCCCACACCCUUUCUGUCAUCCUCCUCUCCAUCAACCGCCCUCCCAGGAGCAGCUCCUCCUCCUCCUGCAACCCCGGAGUCCAAGGAAGAUGCGCCGCCGCGUGUGAUCAGUGGUACGCCCGCCGGCACGAAAUUGAAGGGACUAAAUUAUAUGAAAAAUCAGCCAGAAGUUUUUGCAUUGGAGGACGAUGAGUAUCCCGAUUGGCUAUGGUCUCUUCUGGAUGAUGCAAAGAAAAAGUCAAACACGGACGGAGAAGUAGAUACGUCGACUAUGAAUAAAAAGCAACUUCGUCAUGAAAAGAGAAUGACAAACAGUACCGCUUCCGAUCCACGCAAUAUCCCACUACAUGAACAAGCCGUCGAUAUCACUCCAGCCGAUGCAGUGGCUCAAUCUCCAGGAUCUCUUGAACUUGCCUCCUCUAGUGCUGAGACGCGCGCACAAAUUACGAAGAGCGCAAGAGCUGCCCGAAGAAAGGCCAUCAAGGAAGCCAAUUACCUUCAAGGAAUGUAA